CUGUGUUCGCACACUCCAUGUUCCGAUCCGAUCGUCCAAGCCAACAAAAAUUUGUUUGUUUUCCCGCAAUUUUAUAUUCGUUGUUGUGCCCUUUGUGGAAAUUGACUGGAACACCCUUCUCUUUCUCUCUCGUCGGCUUUUGCUAAUUGGUAAUUGCCACUCUCCGGUGGUCUCCAGCUCCACCAACCAAACUCCGAUCUUUGCCAUUUCAAAGCCGUGUGUAGCUGCAAAACAUCAUUUCCUGCUCUGGGGGUUUGUCUUUGCAAAACUUCACCAGUCAUUGCAGUUUAGUUACUGUCGUCGUCAUUGUUGAAUGCAGGUACCUGGGUUAGUUCUGUCUUCUUGAUCAAAUUUCACUAGAUUUGAUUUUCUUGGUAUAUUCUUUUACCAUUUUUGCUCUUUGUUUGGAUUCAAUUCUGAGAUACUCAAGAAGACUCUAUGGUUGUCAAGAAAACCGUUUGUCAUCGGCGGUUGGCGUGCAGGUGUUUCGGGUAGAACGGAGAGUUUUGUUUUGAGGAUGUGGUUUCUGUAGAUAUUGAUCUUUGAGCAAAAAUGGGGUUUUAAUGCUUCGGAAGUUUAUAGUUUUACAGCGUUCUGUGCCCAUUUUGGUUCCAACCGAGUUGAUUUGGCAAUGAUGUUUAGUAGAUACUCAUGGGUUCGCAAUUUAUGGAUUUGAGAGAUUGUAUCACUGGAUGCGUUUUUGUGGAAACGCACUUCGAUAAUUUGUAUAGGACACUAGACUGAUGUUACUGUCUCACAGUACCAGGAUGUUUGAGAUGGUCACUAGUUUCAAUCGGAGUAUGUCCGACCAUUUGACCCUGAGGUCUUUGAGUUUUAACAGCUCAGGAGCUGCUAGCCACUGUAAGAGCUGGGUCUCGCGAUCGUUCCAUGGUCUUCUUGUGAUUGGUUCGUUGGUUUCAUUCCUUUUAGCAAUGGGUUGCGGAUAUCUGUAUGUUUUCCCCAGUUUCAGUCAGGCGAUUCAUGGAUCCGGGAUUUCCAAAUCCAACAGUUCGACUGAGACUUGCAAUGUUUUCCAUGGAAGCUGGGUCCAGGAUUAUAGUUAUCCACUGUAUAAUAGCUCACAAUGUCCUUUUGUAGAACGAGGGUUCAAUUGCUUGGCUAAUGGGAGGAAAGAUAGAGAUUAUCUCAAGUGGAGGUGGAAGCCCAAGAAUUGUGAUAUCCCAAGGUUUAAUGUACAUGUGGUUCUGGAGAAGCUCCGGGGAAAACGGGUUGUUUUGGUUGGCGAUUCCAUGAGUAGAACACAGUGGGAAUCUUUGAUAUGUUUACUGAUGACUGGGGUGGAGGAUAAGAAGAGCGUUUAUGAAGUUAAUGGGCAGAAAAUCACGAAGCAGAUUCGGUUUUUGGGUGUAAGGUUCAGUUCCUUUAAUUUCACUAUUGAGUUUUACCGUUCAGUUUUCCUGGUGCAGAGUGGCUGGGUGCCUAAAAAUGCACCAAAGAGGGUUAAGUCGACAUUGAGGCUGGACAAGUUGGAUGAUAUCAAUAAACAGUGGAUCAAUUCGGAUGUUUUAAUUUUUAAUACAGGGCAAUGGUGGAACCCCGGGAAGAUUUUUUCAAUGGGCUGUUAUUUCCAGGUUGGUAAAUCAUUGAAGCUUGGGAUGUCAAUAAAUAAUGCCUUCAGAGUUGCAUUGAACACUUGGGCAUCAUGGGUUGAGACAAUGGUUAACAUGAACAGGACACAAGUCUUCUUUCGGACCUUUGAAGCCUCUCAUUGGAGCGGCCAGAGCCAUAGAUUUUGCAAGGUGACCCGUCGCCCAAUGUUGAGAACCAGAGGAAAGGACAGAAGUCCAUUUUCAGCUAUCAUCUCAGAGGUGGUCCGGAAGAUGAAAGUUCCUGUAACAGUUCUGCAUGUAACACCCAUGGGGGCCUACCGAAGUGAUGCACAUAUAGGCACUUGGAGUGACACUCCAUCAGUGCCUGACUGUAGCCAUUGGUGUCUUCCUGGAGUUCCUGAUAUGUGGAAUGAGAUUAUCUUCUCAUAUCUUCUUGCAGGGGGUGGACUUUCUUUGCAAUGAACAAGAGCCCGAUCUGGGAGGAGAUAUAGUACGUUGAAGACCCCAGAGUUUAAGCUGAUUGUAACAGAAAUUGUUCAAUAACUAAAUUCUUGUGUGAAGAAGCACUAAAUUCAUUUUACAGCGUACAGAAAAUUGUUUUCCCCACUUUUCUGAUGAUUGAUCCAGAUUUGGAUAAUGGAUUUGUGGCUGUAUCAAUCAGAAGUAGUGAGAUAAAGUACAACUUUUGUAGCAUUGUACUUGCUAUUGUGUACCAUACCAUUUUUUGGUGUAUAGAUUUCCCUUGAAAUGGUAUAAUGGAAUUUUUCCUUGUGGCAGAUGGUUAGUUGAUUUUGUUUGUCUUGUUUAA